AUGAGUAUUGAUCAUACUGACCCUUUCAUCAAGCUCGACCUUCUUCAUCUGAAAACAAGCAAAGCUUUGAGGAAGUGGGGUUGGGAGACUUUUGGGAAUGUCUUUUCCAAUGCCUUAUCUGCUAAAAAGGAAGUAAGGAAAGUAGAAGCUGCUGUUCAGAAUGAAACUGCCACUGAGACUGAUCUACUUACUGUCCAGACUAAUCUACUUAAUGCUAUUGACAUACAAGAUAUAAACAAAAAGUUCUACCAUGCUUAUAUAAGUUACAAGAGGAAAUACAAUGCCAUUCGCUCUAUUUACUCUACUGAGGGUAGAUGGAUUAAUAACAUUGAUCUUAUUGCUUUGGAUGAUGUUAAGUACUACAGCUCCCUACUGAACUCUUCAGUUGAUCUAAACACUGACUAUGAAGACUAUUUUACUAAGGAAGUAGAUUAUACUAUUCAGCUCAAUCUCACUGAACCCCCUUCUGAUGAGGAAAUUUGGGAUGCCUUAAACACCAUUGACAACUCCAAAACAACUGGCCCUAAUGGAUUUACUGCUGACUUUUAUAAAAAAUCUUGGUACAUUAUAAAGAAGGAGGAACUCGUGCAUGAUGCACCAGAAUGGCACAUGAUGCUGCAUAUUCCAGACCGCUGGAGCAUGAUGCACCAUAAUCGGCACAUGAAGUGCCACAGGAUGGAAAUGACUUAA